GGCGUUUUUCUUGUUUCUGCAUCGUUAGGCAUUACAUUUUACAAGAUCUGAGGCCGCCUAUUACGCCCAUCACGGCUUCUGGCAGACUGUUGUGUAGCAUGACAGCGCCUUUAUUUAUUUAUUUCUCGAUUUCCUGUAUCUCGCCAAAGUACAGCGGCCCAAUGUCCUCAUCACUCGAUUGCGUGCCACGCUCAGGUGACAAACACUCUUCCUAAACUGUGUCAAAUUAAAACCACCAUAUACCGAAACCAUGGAUUUUUUGAAUCGCCUACUCGGGAGAAACACCGAUACCAAGUACAAGUACCGCGGUGCCAAACUCCCGAAAGAACCUUUGACGCCGCGCGAGAUUGAGGAGAUGCACAGGAAGCUGCAUCCUGACACGCACAUAGACAACGCGGCGGAACCAAAGCCCAUUUUUGACCCCCGCGACUGGAGUGUGCCCUAUACGCAAUCGCUAGAAGAACAAUUCUCUGCCGCCUCAGCAGACGGCUCGCUACAAGAGGCACAAUCGAAAUCAUUGCUUUUUGCCCGACUGCCGUUAGAGGUGCGGAUGCAGAUCUGGCGCCUUGUUGUGGGCAGUCACAAGGUGCACUUGACUGUGCAUCGUGGCAGACUGAGGCAAUCUGCGUUUGAGUCAGAGGGGUAUCAGUGGUUGCCUCAGAGAGGACUCUUGAGAGUCCCGCUGGUUUGUCGCGCAGCAUACAUGGAGUCUAUCUCAUACCUCUACUCCGACAACACCUUUUGCUUUGGCUUCGGCCAAGCAAGCUCAAAGUCAGCACUCACAUCUCUCGACACAAUGUUACCCAAGCAACACAUCGCCUCCAUGCAACAUAUCGAAGUCGGAUGGCACCUAUUUGGCGGUGUGAGUCAGUACUACGACAGCCACCCCCAAGCUUGGGACAUUACACUGGAUGUCCCGGCACCCGAGACUGAAGCACUGUGGAAUAAUGUCUGCGCUGAGCUCAUUGAACUGUCGCAUCUGCGGACGUUGCGGAUUGUUGUUUGGAUUUCUGGAGAUGGGAGAGCACAGUUUGUGGGGAUGGAGAGAGGCAUGCUUACGCCGCUGUUGGUGAUGGGACAUUUAGAGCGGUUUGACGUUCAUUUGCCCUGGAAGCAGGAUGAUCUCGAGUUGUGGAAUGAUGCUCCGUUUAAGGUUUCUAGGCGUUUCAGGGUCAAGGAGAUGUAUGGUGUGAGCAUUCCGUUGCCUGGUGAUGACUUUUACUGGUCGGGUUCAGCUGCUCAACAUAGGAUAUAUAGGUAAGGAGUUUGGUAUGAUUUGGCGGAAAAGACCUUGUUUGUUAUAUAUGAGAUGGUCAUGCAGGAUGCCCAAUCCGAAGACGAUGGCCUGCCAUGGCACCUGGGUAGAUAGUGUUAGAUUGGUCAAGGAAUUUGUGAAUUCAAUCAAUUUUACCCCCGCCAGCUCAUUUAUUUCCAGAGUCAUGAACAGAGAGCUCAU